GGCGACACUUCCGUGUUUUUUCCGGAAGUGGAAAUGGCUUCCUGCAGCAAAAGAGGAGACGUGAGAAUGAGAAAUUCUGAUGGAGAUGUUUCAGGAACAGACUUGUUGCUUCACCCCGAACUUCUGUCUCGGGAUUUUCUCAAACUCGUCUUACACGAGAAAAAGAUAAAGACAGAUGAGAGUGAAGACCCUGACCACCUUACAGAGCUAUAUAUCCAGCAUGUCAUCCCACUCCCACAGCGAGAACUUCCCAAUAACAGGUGGGGGAAACGAGUGGAGAAGACAAAUCCACGCCAGAGCUCGACCACUGCACACAGCUCAAGCACUGAUAGUGGCAGGAAGCGUCCCUUGAUAGUGUUCGAUGGCAGUUCCACCAACACCGGCAGCAUUAAACUAAAGAGAGCUGAAGAUGUACCAGUUACAGAUCGCUUAAAGUCCCCACCUUCCAGCAUCAGUCUCAAUAACCCUAUACGUAAACUUCCAGGGUCCUCCCCAAACUCAUCUUCCUCCCGGGCUUCAGCAGGAAGUGCCAGGAGUCCUACAGGAAAUGGCAGUCUAAUUAGCUCCUCAGCAUCUCCAGUACAGUCCAACUGCAUGAGCACAAAGCUAAAGCGAGGAGCAUCCAGCUCAGGAGUGCCUAAAAGCCCUGAACUCAAGUCACCUGAAGUGAAAAAGAAGAUUCAACAUGUCACAUGGCCAUGAUAUCUGUCCUCCUAUCAGAAGUGCUAACAGAAAGAAGUGCCUUCAGGGACUUCUAAUGGGUGUGUCUCGCUCGGCCAUGUGUCCUGUACCAGGAGAGGCCAUAACAGGGAAAAUGAGCUUGUGCAUCUGAAUAUGGACGUGCACUGUUCCACUGUCCCACCUGCUCAUGAGAUCCUCAUAGACGUGCCAACAGAUUGUUAAUAGACUUUCCUCAUGAGCACCUUUAGACCGGUGUUGUAAAUGCAGGUCUAAAAGACAACAAGGAUGGCUUUCUCUUUUAAACACUGUAAAAAUGUCCUUUUUACUUGAAUAAAUAUCAUCAGAUCUGUU